AGCUCCUGGUCACAGAGGGUCAAGUCCGGCUGGUAAAAAAGAAGAAGUAGAAGGAGGAGUAGAAGCAGAAGAAGAAGAAGGCAGCUGUGUUAAAGAUGCUCUGCGCCUUCUCCCUCUGAAUUUGCAAAGUGCCAGCAAGGAGAGGCCGACUCGACAAGUUUUCCCGAAGCCUGCAAACAGUUUCACUUUGACGGCUGAGGGCUCCGCGGAGCUGCUUUGAAGGAUGGCUGGAUGCUGCGUUUCGGCGGAGGACAAAGAGAACCAGAGGAUCAACGAGGAGAUCGAGAAGCAGCUGCGGAGAGACAAGAAGGAUUCCCGCCGGGAGCUGAAGCUGCUGCUGCUGGGCACUGGAGAGAGCGGAAAGAGCACCUUUAUCAAACAAAUGAGGAUUAUCCACGGAGGAGGAUACACGGAUGAGGACAAGCGCAGCUACGCCAAACUGGUCUUCCAGAACAUCUACACGUCCAUGCAGACCAUGAUCCGAGCCAUGGAGGCCCUCAGCAUAUCUUUCGCUGAUCCCCAGAACCAGGUGCAGACAAACCAAAGUCCAGGUUUACUCUGGUUCAUGUUUGAUGACUUUUCUAAGCUUUAAUUUAGCAUGUACGGUAUCACACACUUGGCUGCUUCAUUUUUUAAAUGUGAACACAGUGUGAAGUAUAAAGCUGCCAGGAAUUCUAUUAAAUAGCAUUUCUAGUGGUCUGAUUUGGACCAACGGGGAUGUAAAAUGUGUAAGUUAAAGGUCUGAAACAUAUCAAACAGAAAAUGUGUUCUGUUCUUUUCUCCUCUUGAUCACUUAAACUACGAGCUGAUUGUCUUCCUGUGUGUCUGCAGAGCCACGCCAGCGCUGUCCUGGAGGUGGAAGUGGAUAA